GGGCGGGCGGCGGAGGCCCGGGAGCAGUGGGCGCAGCUGGAGGAGCUGGCCGGGCAGCGGGAACGGCGCCUGCGGGAGGCCGUGGCCCUGCACCAGUUCGAGGCCGACGCCAACGACAUGGAGGCCUGGAUCAUGGAGACGCUGCGGCGCGUGGCCGGCCCGGAGGUGGGCCACGACGAGUUCUCCACCCAGGCGCUGGCCAGGAAGCAGAGGGAGGUGGAGGACGAGAUCCACAGCCACCGGCCGCUCAUCGACUCCCUGCACGAGCAGGCCCUCGCCCUGCCCCCGGCCCGGGCCCGGGCCCCCCAGGUGGAGGGCCGGCUGCCCGCCAUCGAGCAGCGCUACGAGGAGCUGGGGGCCCUGGCCGCCGCCCGGCGGCAGGCCCUGGAGGGGGCGCUGGCGCUGUACCGCAUGUUCAGCGAGGCGGGCGCCUGCCUGCUGUGGGUGGGCGAGAAGGAGCAGUGGCUGCACGCCAUGGAGAUCCCGGAGAAGCUGGAGGACCUGGAGGUGGUGCAGCAGAGGUUCGAGACCCUGGAACCCGAGAUGAACAACCUGGGCGCGCGCAUCAGCGACGUCAACCAGGUGUCGCAGCAGCUCCUGAGCACGGACAACUGCAACAAGGAGCAGAUACACAGCACCCAGGACCAGCUCAACACCAGGUGGAGCGAGUUCCAGAGCCUGGCAGACCAGAAGAAGCAGGCCCUGGAGUCGGCCCUCAACAUCCAGAACUACCACCUGGAGUGCAACGAGAGCCGGACGUGGAUGAGGGAGAAGACCAAGGUCAUCGAGUCCACCCAGGGGCUGGGCAACGACCUGGCCGGGGUGAUGGCCCUGCAGCGCAAGCUGACCGGCAUGGAGCGCGACCUGGAGGCCAUCCAGGGCAAGCUGGACGGCCUGCGCGGGGAGGCCCACAAGCUGGCCCGGGAGCACCCGGAGCAGGGGGAGCAGAUCCAGGCCCGGCUGGCCGAGAUCCAGGAGGUGUGGGAGGAGCUGAACGGCACCAUGAAGAGGCGGGAGGAGAGCCUGGGGGAGGCCAGCAAGCUGCAGGGCUUCCUCCGGGACCUGGACGACUUCCAGGCCUGGCUGUCGCGCACCCAGACGGCCGUGGCCUCCGAGGACAUCCCCACCUCGCUGGCCGAGGCCGAGCGGCUGCUGGCCCAGCACGAGGGCAUCAAGAACGAGGUGGACAACUACCGCGAGGACUACCAGAAGAUGCGGGCGGUGGGCGAGGAGGUGACCCGGGGCCAGACGGACGCCCAGUACAUGUUCCUGGGCCAGCGGCUGCAGGCGCUGGACACGGGCUGGAACGAGCUGCGUCGCAUGUGGGAGAACCGGCACAACCUGCUGGCCCAGGCCUUCGACUUCCAGACCUUCCUGAGGGACGCCAUGCAGGCCGAGGGCUUUCUCAACAAUCAGGAGUACGUCCUGUCCCACACGGAGAUGCCCUCCACGCUGCAGGGCGCGGAGGCGGCCAUCAGGAAGCACGAGGACUUCCUGACCACCAUGGAGGCCAGCGAGGAGAAGAUCCACGGCGUGGUGGACAGCGGGCGGCGGCUCAUGGCCGAGGGCAACGCCAACGCCGACAAGAUCCAGGAGAAGGCCGACUCCAUCCAGGAAAGGCACCAGAAGAAUAAGCAGGCCGCUAGCGAGCUCCUGGCGAAGCUGAAGGACAAUCGCGAGCUGCAGCACUUCCUGCAGGACAGUCAGGAGCUGACCCUGUGGAUCAACGAGAAGAUGCUGACGGCCCAGGACAUGUCGUACGACGAGGCGAGGAACCUGCACAGCAAGUGGCAGAAGCACCAGGCCUUCACAGCCGAGCUGGCAUCCAACAAGGACUGGCUGGACAAGAUCGACAAGUGGGCUGAAGAGCUCGUGCCCGGGGGGGUGGCGACUGUCCUCUGUGAUGGCCAGAAUUCUACCACGGCCGCGGCCCCCAUAGAGCUGUUUGAUCCCGGUGAGAGCACAGCCGGUGAUCUUCGGGGCCAUGUUGACCGCAUGGGGCCCCCCCAGAUGCUGGAGAACCAGAUGUCGGUGCGCGAGAAGGAGGUGGAGGCCCUGCAGAGCCAGGCGCAGGCGCUGUCCCAGGAGGACGGCGGGCUGGCCGAGGUGGACGGCCGGCAGCGCGGCAUGCAGGAGAGCUUCUGCCAGCUGCAGGCGCCCCUGCAGCAGCGCCGGCUGCAGCUGCUCGCCUCCAAGGAGGCUCACCAGUUCAACCGCGACCUGGAGGACGAGAUCUCUGGCUGUCCCCCCCGCCCCCCGCAGGUGCGGCAGGUGCAGGACGACGCCGCGCGGCUCCAGAAGGCGUACGCCGGGGAGAAGGCAGAGGACAUCCAGCGGCACGAGCAGGCGGUGGCGGAGGCCUGGGCCGCCCUGCUGGCCGCCAGCGAGGAGCGCCGACAGGCCCUGCUGGACACCGUGGACAAGUUCCGCUUCUUCAGCAUGGUGCGCGACCUCGUGCUCUGGAUGGACGGGGUCAACCUGCAGAUCGACGCCCACGACAACCCCAGGGACGUGUCCUCGGCUGACCUGGUCAUCGGCAAUCACCAGGACAUCAAGAGCGAGAUCGAGGCGCGCGCCGACAGCUUCACCACCUGCAUCGAGACGGGCACCGCGCUCAUCGACAACAACCACUACGCCUCCGACGAGAUCCAAGAGAAGCUCGACCAGCUGCAGGAGAAACGUGCGGAGAUCAAUAACAAAUGGCAGGAAAAGAUGAACUGGCUGCAGAUCGUGCUGGAAGUCCUGCAGUUCGGGCGGGACGCCUCGGUGGCCGAGUCGUGGCUGGCCGGCCAGGAGCCCAUCGUGCGGGCGGCCGAGCUGGGCUGCAACGUGGACGAGGUGGAGAGCCUGAUCAAGAGGCACGAGGCCUUCGAGAAGCUCGCGGCCGGCUGGGAGGAGCGCUUCACGCUGCUGGAGAGACUCACCACGCUGGAGGAGCAGGAGAGGAAGAGGAGGCAGGAGGAAGAGGAGCGGCUGCGGCGGCCCCCCACGCCCCCCCCCGCCGAGCCCGAGGUGGCGCAGCCCGAGGCCGAGGACAAGAGCCAGGCUUCACAGGAGUCCGCCGCUGGGCUUCCGCCGUACCCCCAGGGCUCGGAGUCGGAGUCGGCCAACGGGCCGGGCCGCGAGCGGGACAGCGGGCUGGCCUCCUCCUCGCGGCUGGAGCCGGCGCCCUUCGCCACGCUGCCCGGCAAGGCCACGGAGCCCCCGGCGGACGAGCACAUCGAGGGCAUGCUGUGCCGCAAGCAGGAGAUGGAGUCCCACGCCAAGAAGGCCGCGAGCAGGUCCUGGCAAAACGUCUACUGCGUCCUGCGCAAGGGCAGCCUGGGCUUCUACAAGGACAACAAGAGCGCGGCCAACGGCGUGCCCUACCACGGCGAGGUGCCCCUCAGCCUGGCGGACGCCGCGUGCGAGGUGGCGCACGACUACAAGAAGAGGAAACACGUCUUCAAGCUGCGGCUGACCGACGGAAAGGAAUAUCUCUUCCAGGCUAAAGAUGAGGUGAGUUGUUGUUGGUAUAACUUUUUCACAGACCCCAGCUUGCUCUCCAUGAGACACACAGACAGGGAGAGAGGUGUAGAUUACUCGAGCUGCAUGCUGUCGAAAGGCAAGAGGAAAAGCUGCUGGUUCCGACAGUCCUCCCUAGCCCUCGAUUUUGAAGUGAGCGACAGAGGUCAGGCCGUGUGGGGGGCCUGCCUGGGACUGGAGAGGCUCCUGCUGCGCCUCAGCCUGGUGCUGCCACAGUUUCACGAGCUGUGUGUGUUGGACCGGGAAGCAGGCUUCACUGACUUCAGUGUGUCUUCCCGUAGGUGA